ACAACAACAACAACAACAACAACACCUCCCCCAAUUCGAUACAAUGGACAAUAACCCAUUUCGUUCACAAAACACAAACAUGUACUCUAGCCCAACGUCAGGGCAAUCGCAAUAUCCACAAACCAAUGCAAUGCCACAAUCCACAAUGGGUGGAUUCAAUCCCACUUACACGACGCAACCUCAACAACAGCCGUACCAGCAGCAACCUUCUUAUAGCACGCCUGGCUUCUCGAACCCAUCGUAUCCGCAACAGCAACAGCCAAACAGCAACCUUCAAUCCUCGUUUCCACAGCAGCAAUCUUCUUUCUAUGGCCAACAACAGCAACCAUCGCUUCAAUUGUAUCCACAGCAACAGCAACAACAACAACAGCCAUACCAACAACAGUCGUUUCAACAGCAACCCUACCAGCAACAACAACAACAACAGCCAUUUCAGCAGCCAGCGCAGCCAUUCUACUGGCAAGCACCCCAACAGCAGCAGCCACAAUCGUAUGAUCCUUCCAAUACGUUCAUUCCACCCGAUUUUGGCUUAUCAUCCACGCAUCAACCACAGCAACAGCAACAGUUUCCACGGCAGCCUCAACAUGCUCCAGUUGAUGCAAGUGCCUACUUGAAAGGAAACUCAGUGCGUAAGAUGGAAUGUCCGGUCUGUCAUAAAACCAUCGAAGGAGACAACAUGGCGCUGAACCACCAUGUGAAUGAGCAUUUGGAAUAUGACAUGCAUAGUAAAUGGGAGGGGCCAUUGGCCACGAAACCAUAAUCAGUCAUCGUUUACUACCAAGCAACAAGCACUGGCACCGCAAAGUACAGGGACCAGUAGGUCAAACAUUUAGAGAUCCAUCUCAUGAUGUAACAUUGAUACACAUACCAAUCGUUUAUCCUUUCCCCAAACAUGAGCUUCUUGUUUUGUAGGUAAGGUGCAUGGGUUCUAAGAAGGUUACGUUUUUUAAUUCAUAGGAUGAUAAGCAGGUGUCAAGUAGUAGUAAUGAUGUAAGGACAGAGAGAAGGUUUCUGACGAAUAUCGCUCGAAGCAGCCUUUGUUUAUUGUCUUCCAUCGUUUUUCAUCAAAAAAAAAAGUGGGACUACAGGGUGCUCCCUCGAUUAAAACCAAUGCCAGUUGCCAUACUUCCAAAUAUUAUGUACCACUCAACUUUUGUGCUGCAUUCUUCCAACGCUUGUGCGCCCAGGUCGAUUUGUUUUUUUUUGCUAGGCAUAUCAUAUUGAACCCUAUGAUGGCAUAAAU